AUAAGCUUCCAUAUUCCCCCCGAAAACAACACACGAUUCCAAACCUUCCUUUCGCACCUCUCUUUAUAGAUUAGAAUUCCCCUUUGAUCUCCACUAUUCAUCACGAUUCCAAACCUUCCUUGCGCACCUCCCUCUAUAAAUUAGAACCCCCUUUGAUCUCCACUAUUCAUCUCUCUCUCUCUCUCUCUCUCUCUCUCUCUCUCACAGACAUACACACGACUUCUAGCGUAUCGCAUGAAGAGUUACAGCAACAACGGGACUAGAAGCAGCCUGAAUAUGGAUGGCGAGGCGAACAAGGCGGUGAGGGGAUAUGGCGAGAACAGACGGACGGGGACGUGCGGUCUGGCGCUGAGGCUCCUGGCCCUGGUGCUGACCCUCGCCGCCGCGGUGGUCCUCGGGGUCGACAAGCAGACCAAGACCGUGCCAGUCCAGGUCAGCCCCGCCUUGCCGGCCCUGAACGUCCCCGUCACCGCCAAGUGGCACUACCUGUCCGCCUUCGUGUACUUUGUGGUGGCUAACGCUAUAGCGUGUGGCUACUCCGCGCUCUCCUUGCUCCUCCUCCUCGCCAACAAGGCCGGCAAGAGCAGAACCCUGGCCUCAGCGGUGGCGAUUUUAGACAUCAUCAUGGUGGCGCUCCUCUUCUCCGGCUGUGGUGCCGCCACGGCCGUCGGGGUCAUCGGUCGCGAGGGGAACUCGCAUGUGCAAUGGGGGAAGGUGUGCAACGUCUUUGACAAGUUCUGUGACCGCGUGGCCGUCGCCAUCGGCUUGUCCUUAUUUGGGUCGUUAGCUUUCGUUUUAAUGGGCGGUUCGGCGGUCAUGGCCUGAGGGGCCCUUUCCGAAAAGCAUCCUCUUAUCUACUGCACUUUUCGAUAUUUAAGGCUUUUGUUUCUGUGUUUUUGCCUAUAAUUUUGUUUGGGGAUUGAGAUGUGGAGGUGUGUCUUGAUAUUCCUCUUCUUCUUUUUUCGUUGGUAAGAAUAGCCUGCGCGUUAUGGAUGUAUAUGCGUUCUAUCGAUCGAUAAAAGAGAAAAGUUGUGCGAUCAGCUUUGUUAUUAAUUCA